AUGAAGUAUUUAGCUGCCUACUUAUUAUUAAACGCUGCUGGCGCCGCUCCAUCUGCUGACAAAGUCAAAGAAGUCUUAUCUUCUGUCGGUAUUGAAGUUGAAGAUGACAAAGUUUCUUCUUUAAUCUCCUCUUUAGAAGGUAAGUCCAUCGAAGAAUUGAUUGCCGAAGGCCAAGAAAAGAUGGCCUCUGUUCCAGCUGCUGGUCCAGCUUCUGGUAACGGUGCUGCUGCUUCUGGUUCUUCUGCUGCUGCUGCCGAAGAAGAAGCUGAAGAAGAAGCUGAAGAAUCCGAUGAUGAAAUGGGUUUCGGUUUAUUCGAUUAA